GCAAACAAACUAAAUCGUUGAGGAUUGCUUUGAACACUGACGCAAGGUCUCAAGGGAAAGUAGAAAGUGAUUGUAAAAAAAAAUUAUCGCUUCGUGUAGGUUUCUCGUGAGAUUUUCUAGGAUAAGUCGAACGUUCAGCAACCGCAUAACUUACAGUACGCUACAAAGAGAUCGACCUAUUUUGUUAAACAAGAUCAGAGCAAAGGAAUUGUUUAAUGAGUACAGUAUAACGUUGACAAACCUUCUCCAACUAUCAAGUGGCGAAACGUUUUAGUGACAGUGCCGCUAGGUAAAUACUAUAAACAAAAUUUGUGCAAUGCUCGCAAUGGUCGCACUGAGAUGGUGAUUUCUGCUUAUCUCUUGUCAAAAAGAAUUGUUACCCCUUCUUUGGCGUCGUGUUACAGAUAAAUCGUUAUAGAAGCACGGGCAACCAUAACCCUUGUAACCGAGUGGUAAACGAAACGUGUAUCAAGGAAGAUGUCCACAGUGAGUGUUCCGGCGUACGUGCAAGAAAGGUUGCUGAUCGUAGCGGAAAAGGAAGGCUUCGUCCGUAAUCAUUUUACUAUCGAAUACGAACAAGGAUCCAAAUCGGGUGAUGGCUACAUCGGACUUAUCGCACGGGCUCGAAUUGUAAACCCGUCACGUAGAGAAUUAACGCUAAUUUGCAAAUUUCCACCCGAGGAUCCACAUCAACGAAAACGUUUCAACGCAAUGUUACUCUUCGAGCGGGAAGCCUUCAUCUAUCAGCGCAUAUUGCCAGCAUUCGAUGAAAUUCAGCUACAACAUGGCGUUAAGCAUCAGGAAGCAAAUUACUUUGGCAACUAUCCGAAAUGUUAUCACGCGUUCUGUGAUGUGGAACGUGGAGAAGCCGUGAUUAUUUUGGAGGAUUUAAUGGACCCUCAACGUCCGCCUAUGAAGCUACUAGACCAAUACGUUCCAGUCGAUUAUGAGCAUGUGCGCGUCCUGAUGAAGGCAUUGGGAAGAUUCAAUGCCUGCUCUUUUGCAUUAAAGCGCCACCGGCCACAACUAUUCGAACACAUUCGACAGCUGAAUGAUCUGCUCUCAAUCGUGCUUGAUACGGAGCAAACGCGACCAUUAACGGAUCGUAAUUGCCAUCUAGCGGCAUCGGCUUUCGAUCCACAACAGGAAGCAGACUAUCAUCGGGCAAUGCUGGAUCUGAGCCGGUCUAUGUGGCCUAGAACGGGAGCGCACAUUCGAGGUGUUCGAGCAGAACCCUUCGCAGCCCUUAACCACGGCGAUUGUUGGACUAAUAACGUAAUGUUUGGUUACGAUGCUAAUGGCCGUGUGAACGAUGUUUGUCUGUUCGAUUGGCAGAUGGCUCGAUACGGAUCGCCUGUACUCGAUUACACGCUGUUCAUUUUUCUCUGCGGAGAGCGCGAUUUACGUAGAGACAUGUUCAACAGCUUGAUAGAUGAGUUCUAUAGCUCCUUCUCUGCCAGCUUACUGCAGCUAGGAGGUUACCCAGAAAAAGAUUUGCCUCGAGACGAGUUGCAAAAGCAAUUCAUACAAUUUGGAGCACUAGCCCUCUCGAUGGGAACGUAUGCAUUGCCUAAUUUAGCCCAACUAACGACGGAAAUUUGUGAAAACCCAGGAAAGCAUCAGACAGAUAAAAGAUUACAAUACUACUCCACUUUAAUGCGCGAACUGGUGAAAGAUAGUGAUCAGUUUGACAAAAUAAAAUGAAAUAGAAACUCGUAUA